CAUUAACACUAAUACAAUAAUCAUGUGACAAAAGACCUGUUGAGGUGAAUGUGCCUUAGGUUAUCUCACAUUUACACUGACAGUGUGGUCAAUGGAACAUGCUUGUACCACUAUGUAAUCCAGACAAACAGUGCACUCAAAGGGGAAGUGAAAAAUAGCAGCAGUUCAGAAAGUCAGACCGUGCACAGAAGGAAAAUAAUGACUCUGGAUCAAAGUUCACUUCAAAACCAGGAAAUGAGACUCUAAAUCUACUUCAUCUCUACAGUGGACUCACCUGACUUUAGACCAACACACUGACGCGCACCCAUCCAUCACGAUGCAGAACAAAGAGGAGCUUUUACCCAUAAUGGAGGAUUGUAAGAAUAACAUCUCGAUGGAGCUUUUCCUCCAUAUUUCUCUUUUACCAGCAGUGAUGAUUUUAGGAGUGCUCUCUUUUCUUCAGAAACGAGCCCAAAAACACUCCAUUGACCAUAAACUGCCCUUUUUAGAUGGACGAUUUGGGAUUGUGGUACCUUUGGAUACCAUUGGCAGCUUCAGUAACCGUUGGUCUUAUGGUUUUGCAUUUGGUGCUGUGUCCUCAAGUGUCCUGCUCCUCUUCUCUGACAGAUACAUCCCAUUUACUGUCCCGACCUGGGCCAGAGCUAUAGUGUAUUUGAUUGGAGCCAUAGAAGUGGGACUGGCCUAUUUUCCUUUCUUUGCCUGUUUAUCUACAAACUUUAGAGCGGUGGGUGCUGCACUGGGACUACUGUACUCAAUCUGCUGGAUUAUUGUCACGAUCUGGGAUACAUUCACUUGUCCUGAUGGCAAGGUUUUGGGUAGAUACCAAAAGCUGAUAAUCCAGUGGCCUUGCAUCCUUUCCCUACUUUUCCUGUUGGGACGUUUUGUGUAUAUUCUGGUGAAAGCCAUUCGGAUACACCUUAAGCUGGAGCAGGAGACAGAGGAGCUGAUGCACCUUAACCAAAUGCAGCAUGUUAAACGACUUUUUAGAAAAACACCUGAGGAAAUAAAACCACUAAAUUGGUUCCAGAGAAAGGUGUAUGAGUGGGACCCCCAUUUCAAGUUUCCCAACAGGCUCAUCGGCACCGCCAUUAUAUCACUUAUCGGUCUAUAUACGAUAACACUGGCAGAUUACAGUCUCAGUAAUGUGGCUUUUGGACAAAUUGACAGAUGGAAAGAAACACUGAAGAACGUGACUAUUUCAUGCAACAAAACUGAACCUUUUGCUGCUGUGAUUCCACAACUGGAGGAGUUUAUUGAUGUUUCAAGAAAGUGCUGGCUGGCAACUACUAUUUUUGCAAGUCUCAACUCAGUGGCUUAUGUCUGCCAUGUGCUUGCAUGUUACAGGAAACAAAUGAAGAGACUGUGGAAAGGGCAGAAGAAUUUUCUACCUGAUAAAUUUCACAAUCCUGGUUCAGCUAUCAGCGUGGCUUCAAUUGCGAGGUACUCAGGAUGGCAGAUUGCUUUUACACUAUGGGGUUAUCUGAUUGUUCAUUUUGUCCACUUCCUGUUUGCCUUGGCGUUUGUUUACAUCUUUGUUCUCCCCAUUCAACAUGGACAGAUCCUGACUUUGCUGAAGAACCUUGGAAUUAUACUGCUCACAAUCGGCAUUAUUAUAUUCUUUGUGAUCAUUCAAGUGGUGUUAGUGCAAAUAUUUUUCCUUCAAGACAAAAUGUCUCCAACUGAUAAACAGAAACCCAUUGCACUAAAUAACAGGAAGGCAUUCCACUGCUUCAACUACUUCUUCUUCUUCUAUAACGUGGUGAUGGGAAUCAGUAACUGCAUCGUCCGACUCUUAAACAGCGUGGUGGUGGGGACAUGGCUGGUGUCUCGCAUUGACCGAACCAUCAUGCAGAGAGGAUAUGAACAUAUGGACCCAGGUUACAGCACUUGGGUUGGAAUGAUCACUGCUGACCACUACCACACCAACCCAGUAAUGGUGUGCUUCUGUCAGCUGCUGGUCUCCCACACUCUGGAGAGACAAGGCUUAUCGGCAUACUCCGCAUUCAGCAACACACCAUCUGAUCCAUCGGUGAACAACAGGAGUCGCAGACGUUGGGCAUUAUAUUAUACUUUAUUGAGAAACCCACACCUGAUUCUACUGAGGAAACACCACCUCUCUACAACUUCAUGUUUAACUUUCUCCUGCACAGACACAGUGGUCAAGGCUGUGGUCCUGGCCUCUCAAACUCAGAGGAGUGGAGCUGAUAUACAUUCAGACUCUGCACCAGAGACAGACACAUGACACUCCACACCAGCAGCGCUAUAGGCAUUGUUUGUUCCUACAUUUUUCCGAAUUUAAUUUCUGAGGUUAUAGGAUAAAUGAAGAUACUUUUUGGAAAGCCUGAGACCCCAGAGACAAUGACAUGUGCUUUGAAAGUGUACGUAUGCAACUGCUUUGGUGUGUUCCCUGGACGUUUGCACACCAGUCCAAAAGGACCCCACUGAUUUAUAAAUAAGCAAUGGAUGUAAUAGGAAAAACAGCAAUAAUUGACAAUAAUUUCAGUUUCUUAAAUGGGGUAAUGGACACUUUUAAUCUGAACUUGGCAUGUUGCCAAGUCAUCUUUGCUGAUGUUAAUUUGUUAAUAAUGCAGUCUAUUUGCAGCAGACUGCAGUAUUUCACAAACUCACUCAUAAUAAUAAUAAUAAUAAUAAUAAUAAUAAUGUAUUGGAUUAAUAUAGGACCAUUCAAGACACCCUUAGUGCUUAUUAUUCAUUGACCCCUUAUUUACUCCAUAUACUGAUAAGAAAUGACCACUGCUAUAGUCAGCUACCCUGGACUUUCUUUUCUUUCUUUAUUAGUUUAUUUGACAGGGACAAUGUGCAAAAUCAUUAAAGAUGCUUUACACCAGAUUAUAGCUGAAGCUAGUUUCCAUCUGUAGUCCUUGAGCAGGUGAGAAAUACAAUAUAAACAUACUCACACACUACAAAUGAACAAUUAUUACACAAUAAAAUUUUACAAUAAAAUCUCACUAACACUAUAUAAUACCAAAUACCAUUCUUAAUGCUGACACUGCUGAUUCUCUAAUAAUAAUUUCUUAACAUUAAAUGAAAAGUUUUUCAUGUCAGAGGAAAGUUUCAGACUUUGUGGCAGUUUGUUCCAUUCUUUGAUGGCUUUGAAAGAAAAAGCUGUCUGAGCUUCGUUUAGGUAAUCUGCAGUCAUUGUGACUUGUGGACCUGGAGGAUCUGGCUGUUUGUUCAGAGCAGAGCUGCACAAAUUUUUUCACUGGAGGAGGCGCUGUGUUAUUUAAGAUUUUAAAGACUAAUCACACAUUUGAAUAGCUAAUUAAAUUGUCAAAGUUUAACAUGUUAUGUUGUGCAAAUAUUGGACAACGAUGAUAUCGCAGUGGCUUUUUGUCCAGUAUCUUAACAGCUUGAUUAUAUAAGGACUUUAAAGGUUUUGUUGUUGUUUCACAUGCUUGAGACCAACAAGAUAUACAAUAAUUAAUAUGUAAAAUAAUCAUUGCAUCUAGAUACACUUUUGCAGCCUCGUUGGUAAAUUUGUUUUCGAAUGUGUCUAAACACAGACAGACUAUAUUUUAAAGUAUUAGAAGGAAGUGAGGCUGUCAAUCUGCACCAUCCAACCACAUUGGCCCCAAUUCUGAUUUUAUCAAUAUUCAGUUUGUUUUGGCUGUCAAAGGCUUAUCACAACAAGACUUUCAAUAAAAAUAUAUCAGUGUAUUAUAUAGCCGUAUGUUGUAUGUUAAAUGUUGUAUGUUGUAUAGCAGUGGUCCCCAACCUUUUUAUCACCGCGGACCGGGGGGGGGGUUAAGUUAAUAGCAGAAUAAACCACGCUUACCGAUCAGGAACAGCAUCCAGUCCAUCAAAACAUAAGGUCCCUCUACUCCUCAGUCCACCAUGAGAUCUUCACU